AUGUUCCCGCCAACGCCUCUGGAUGGGCCCAUCCAGAUGCCUCCGAUCGCCCGUCUACCCACCGAGCUCCUAACCACCAUUUUCUCUCUCGUGGCUCCCUUUGAGACUUCGGAUUCAGACGUCUGGGAUGCAAAGACGUGGAUGGGGUGGGUGCCACUCAUGCUCGUAUGUCGGCACUGGCGCAACGUCGGUAUCGCGACUCCGUGGUUAUGGCGCAGGAUCAGCAUCACCUGUAACUUGGAGGCUCUGCAGUACCGUCUCUCGCGCGCAGUGGACAGCACCAUAGACUUGUUCCUGUCACGCUGGAGGGAAGACAACAAAAAGGCUAUGCCUCUGCUGCUGCCCUUCGCGCGCAGCAUCCGCUCCGUCCAGGCACCCGAGUUCCCUUGGUCGCCACUGGAACGGUUCGAAGAAUUCUUCACGUUCGAUGGUCUUCCCUGCAUCAGACCGCUGUUCGAGGUCCCCCUCCCGGCACUCGAGCACAUCGAUCUUAGCAAGCUGGACGUGCUGCAAAAUCGUCAGCUCGAGGCACCGUUUGACCUCGGACUGUCGGAGAAGCUGCAUCCCAGCGUCCGUCGGUUCAUUGUCACCUCCCACAUCAAGAUACCUUCUACGCCGAGUUUUUGGAGUGUACUGCGCGAGCUCGACAUCCGCUUUGAUCCGUCUGCGAACCGGUGGACGCGCUUGGACGAUUUCCUCCAAGUUGUGGCCGGCGCUCCUUACCUAGAGUCUUUGAUAGUCUUGGGCACCCAGGUAUCACUCCCGCUGAGUAGUUGGGCCACUCCCGCCUUGGCCGACGAUGUCCCUACCUCUUUGUAUCGGCUAGCCAGACUCAGGACAAUUCGUCUCGAUGGCAUGCUCACCUUCAUCGCCCCGAUCCUGCAGAGGAUCGACGCGCCCGCAUUGUGCGUCCUCUACAUCAGCGCCUCUAUACCUAGGAAUGCCGACAUCGCCGACUCGACCAAGCUGCUGUUCCCGCUGCGUCUCCGUCAUGUCCUUGCGAAAUGCACCGCUCUGUAUGUCUCCAGGAAUGACCCGUGGGACUUCCAGAUUUGCUCGGAUGCCAACUGGAACCGCGGCUCUAUCCGGACUGCAGCGAGCGCGAUACAUGUGCCUCUGUACUUCCGUGUCACCAGCUACUUGAAGAAGCUCUCCUCGCAACCCAGCACGGCAGAGAGCAAGCUCAGCACGGUCAUAGGCGUGCUGUGUGACGGAUUCUGUACCGCGCCGCUACGGACACUAUCUUUCAACAAGUUCUACGAUGCCGCCCCCGUUGCCGCUUGGAGAUUGCCCCAGGCGGCGUUCCCCGACUUGCAAACCAUCCGGGUUCAAAGCGAGGAUCUAGGGGUUAUCCGCCACUUCUUCCUCGCCCUCCGAGAGGUGGCGCUAAAGGGCGGAUGGCCAUCGCUUUCGCGCCUGGAGGUCGAUUUUGGCUAUGAAUAUGAACACAACUCCUUGGGGUGGCACGUAGUCUUGCAGCCACUGGUAGAGGCUGCCCGUACUUGGCUCGAGCAGGGGCUUGGCCUCGACGACAUCAUUCUGCAGCGCAUGCAUAUCACGCGGUGGCACUUUGGGCCCCAUAGGUGGGCACUCUUGAGCAUCGCCGCGCUGUGCGACCGUUUCACCCUUCGCGACUCCUUUGUUGAUGACGAUUUCUUUUACGACGCGUUGGAACCGGUAUCGGAGCUUUUGACCACUGCACAAUACCACGUGUCGACUGGACAGCAAGCGGAAAACACUGCGGACGAGGACCCGAAGCAGGCUGCUACGGAUGGCACAGAAGGAGGCUCGUUGGAGGUUGAGCUGCCCGAGAUAGAAGGCGUGCGACAGCUUCGAGAGAAGGUUUUGGCGCAAUUGCUGCAACGGUUCUGCGAGUAGUCUGGGAUUCAAAGCACGGGCUACUUUUGUCCUAAGUAGCUAUCAGCGCGGUCGCAUUCGCGUCAGUAGGUUUGGAGGUUGCUUCCAGGUUCUAUUCCC